AUGCAUCUUGCUGCUGCUCCUCUGUAUAUACCUGCUGAGCCGCUGCUGCCGCCGCCAACUGUCUCCUGUCUCCUUUCUGCUAUUCGUAUAAGCACAGCUCCUUGCGGUCUGAAGGGGGGCCUGAGAGCUGCGGAGACACCUGACGGCUCUGUCCCCCCAGAUGAUGUUGCUGCUGCUGCUGCUGCAGCAGAUACAGAUCCAGCAGCAGACAGCAGCAGCAGCAAAGGAACGCUUCUCGCAGGAGCAGCAGACUCCUGCGGCAUACAGCUGCCAGAGAUAGACUGGGGUGAAAGCACAGCUAAACCAUCAACAGCAGACUCCUGCGGCAUACAGCUGCCAGAGAUAGACUGGGGUGAAAGCACAGCUAAACCAUCAACCACCAGCAGCAGCAGCAGCAGCAGCAGCAGCAGCAGCAGCAGCAACGGCAGCAAGAGCAGCAGCAGCAGCAGCAGCAGCAGCGGGGAGGUGGGUGAUCUCUCUUGUCUUCCUGGGUCCUCCGCAGCAGCAGCAGCAGCAGCAGCAGCAGCAGCAACGGCAGCAAGAGCAGCAGCAGCAGCAGCAGCAGCGGGGAGGUGGCUGCUGCUGGCGGGAGAGACCCUAGCUGAGGAGGAGCAAGACACAGCAGAAGCAGAAACAACAGCAGCAGCAGCUGCAGCAGCAGCAGCAGCAGCAGCAGCAGCAGUAGAGGAUGAGGGGGAACAGCCCCCUGAAGACACUGUAGAUAGUGACGGCCUGCUGCCUUGGCAGCGUCAGUUGCUGCCGCAGCAAGCAGCAGCAGCAGCAGCAGCAGCAGCAUACCUGAACGGAAACAGCAGCAGCAACAACAGCAGCAGCACCAGCAGCAUCUGCAGCAGCAGCAGCAGCAGCAACAGGGUGCCUGUAGUACCUGGGCAGCAGCAGCAGCAGCAGCAGCAGGAGCAGCAGCAGCAGGGGGUGUUGGGGUGUCUCCGCAUCGCCUGCAUAUCUCCUCCCUUUGAGUGGCUUGGGGAGACAGCAGCAGCAGCAGCAGCAGCAGCAGCAGCAGGAGCAGCAGCAGCAGGGGGUGAUGGGGUGUCUCCUCAACUGUCGAAGCUACUGUCUCUCUGGGUAGAGGCAAGAGACAGCUGUCUCCCCGUGCUGCAGUCGCUGCUGCAGCUGCUGUUUGCUGCGCUGCAGCUGCUGACGCCGCCGCUUACAGGAGACAUAAAGGAGACAGCUGAGGCCCUGCGGGGGGCCCAGGGUCUCCUCUGGGUGGGGCUGCGUAGGUCGCAGCUGCAGCAGAUACUCUUGCUUGCUGCUGCUGCUCUUCUAGCAGCAGGACAGUGGAUAGGAAACAGCAGCAGCAGCAGCAGCAGCAACAGCAGCAGCAGCAGCAGAUUGCAGCAGCAAAUGCUGCCAGCACAACAACACCGUGAAGCUUUAGAUUGGCUACAGAGCCUCGAGGGAUUUCGUCAGGAGGUAAAUUUGCUGCUGCUGGGUCUCCUCUGGGUGGGGCUGCGUAGGUCGCAGCUGCAGCAGAUACUCUUGCUCCCAGGGUCUCCUCUGGGUGGGGCUGCGUAG